AUGGUCUGCCAGCUGGCAUUAUGCAUGUUGUUACACUCUAAUGUCCUAGCUGCAUUCUUCAGCCACCACAUCAUCCGCUACAUUAUCAACUACAUCACCCACCACAUAAUCCACUACAUCAUCCACUACAUAAUCCACUACAUCAUCCACCACAUUAUCAACUACAUCAUCCACCACAUUAUCAACCACAUUAUCAACCACAUAAUCCACUACAUCACCCACCACAUCACCCACUACAUCAUCCACCACAUCACCCACCACAUUAUCCACUACAUCAUCCACCACAUCACCCACCACAUCAUCCACCACAUCACCCACUACAUCAUCCACCACAUCACCCACCACAUUAUCCACUACAUCAUCCACCACAUCACCCACCACAUGAUCCACUACAUUAUCCACUACAUCACCCGCCACAUCAUCCACCACAUCAUCCACCACAUCAUCCACCACAUUAUCCACUACAUCACCCGCCACAUAAUCCACAACAUUGUCCACUACAUCACCCGCCACAUCAUCCACCACAUCAUCCACCACAUCAUCCACUACAUCACCCACCACAUCAUCCACUACAUCAUCCACCACAUCACCCACCACAUCAUCCACCACAUCAUCCACCACAUCACCCACCACAUGAUCCACUACAUUAUCCACUACAUCACCCACCACAUCAUCCACCACAUCAUCCACCACAUCAUCCACCACAUUAUCCACUACAUCACCCGCCACAUCAUCCACUACAUCAUCCACCACAUCAUCCACUACAUCAUCCACCACAUCAUCCACCACAUCAUCCACCACAUCAUCCACCACAUCAUCCACUACAUUAUCCACCACAUCAUCCACUACAUCAUCCACCACAUCAUCCACUACAUCAUCCACUACAUCAUCCACCACAUCAUCCACCACAUCAUCCACUACAUUAUCCACUACAUCACCCGCCACAUCAUCCACCAUCUGAUCAUAAUCUGA